CGUUCGUCUUUCAUAACAACAAUGGCGUACCUUGCAAAGUAAAGCGCGACGGACCUAUAAACACACACAAUUUACGCCAGAAAAAGUCCAUAAAUCAGGCGUGUGUGCUUGUGGUCGUUAUUUAGCAGGAUGAAGGUGGUAAAUUUGAAGCAAGCCAUACUGCAGGCUUGGAAAGAACGAUGGAGUGACUAUCAAUGGGCAAUAAACAUCAAGAAAAACUUUCCAAAAGGGGCAUCAUGGGACUACCUCAAUCUUGCAGAGGCUCUGAUGGAGCAGGCUAUGAUUGGUCCUUCUCCCAACCCACUCAUAUUGUCUUACCUCAAAUAUGCCAUAAGUUCACAGAUGGUGUCUUAUUCCAGUGUUCUCACAGCAAUCAGCAAGUUUGAUGAUUUUUCCCGAGAGCUGUGUGUCAAAUCACUGUUGGAGAUAAUGGACAUGUUCUGCCAUCGUCUCAGCUGUCAUGGAAAAGCAGAGGAAUGCAUCGGGCUCUGUCGGGCCCUGCUGGCUGUGUUAGUCUGGCUGUUGCAGGGUUGUGCGUUGUAUUGUGAGAGACUGAGAGAGCUGGGUCCACCAGUGAGCAUAGAAGCCAGUCUCAGAGCCUGUCAGGAAAGGCUGCAUAACCUGAUGAAGAGCACCAAGAACAGAGCUCUGGUCCACAUUGCCAGACUGGAAGAUCAAGGAUCCUGGAGCAACGUAGAGCAAGCUGUGCUCAAAGUUACAGACGCCCUUGGCAAUGUGUCUAACCAGACAUUGAGGACUAAAUUAGAAGACUCCUUGUCUCUGGUACAAAGUAUUCCCAUGAUGCUUUCUAUGCAGUGUGACCCUCCAGUCCAUGCCUCCUUCCCGUCAGUCCACGCUUUCAUCAUGCUGGAGGGGACCAUGAAUUUGACAGGAGAGACACAACCUCUGGUGGAGCAGCUAAUGAUGAUCAAGAGAAUGCAGCGAAUUCCUGCUCCACUUUUCAUCCUGGAGAUAUGGAAAGCUUGUUUCACUGGCCUCAUCGAGUCACCAGAGGGCACAGAGGAGCUGAAAUGGACUGCUUUCACUUUCCUGAAGAUCCCACAAGUUCUACUCAGGCUGAAGAAAUACCCCCAGGCUGACAAAGGACAGGAUUUUAUGGACGAUGUGAAUGUUGGAUUUCAAUACUUGCUUAAACUGACACCACUGUUGGACAAAGCAGAUCAGAGAUGCAAUUGUGACUGCCUUGGCAUGCUCUUACAAGAGUGUAACAAGCUUGGACUCCUGUCGGAUUCAAACACAGAAAUACUCACAUCAAAACGGGCCGAGGACAGUGAGUUCGCCCCAAGGCUAAAGACAGCAGAAAAUGCUAACAUCCAGCCGAACCCAGGUCUUAUCCUGAGAGCAGAGCCCACUGUCACCAAUAUUUUAAAGACCGUAGAUGCAGACCACUCUAAAUCCCCUGAGGGCCUUCUCGGGGUCCUUGGACACAUGCUGUCGGGGAAGAGUCUGGACCUGCUCCUGGCUGCAGCAGCAGCUACUGGCAAACUCAAAUCCUUUGCUAGAAAAUUCAUAAAGCUUAACGAGUUUCCCAAGCACAUCAGUGGCGAAGGAUCCAAGUCUGCGUCUGUACGGGCCCUGCUCUUCGACAUUUCCUUCCUGAUGCUCUGCCAUGUAGUACAGACAUACGGUUCUGAGGUCAUCUUGUCUGACCCCAGUCCAUCGGGUGAAACGCCCUUCUUUGAAACUUGGCUGCAGACAUGUAUGCCUGAAGAGGGAAAAACUCUGAACCCAGAUCAUCCCUGCUUCAGGCCAGAGCCUGGAAAGGUGGAGAGUCUGGUGACCCUGUUGAACAACUCCUCAGAGAUGAAACUUGUUCAGGUGAAAUGGCAUGAAAUCUGCCUCAGCAUUCCAGCAGCCAUAUUGGAAGUUCUCAAUGCGUGGGAGAAUGGUGUGCUUUCUGUGGAGGCAGUGCAGAAGAUCACUGACAACAUUAAGGGGAAAGUGUGCAGCAUGGCUGUCUGUGCAGUGGCGUGGCUGGUGGCCCACGUCAGGAUGCUGGGGAGAGACGAGAGAGAGAAGCCCCAGACUAUGAUCCGACAGCUUGUAACCCCACUGUAUGCAGAGAACACCCUUCAGUUUUACAAUGAACGGGUAAUCAUUAUGAGUUCCAUCAUGGAGCACAUGUGUGCCGACGUCUUUCAGCAAACAGGUGCAGCUCUCCGUCCUCCAAUGGAGGGUCAGGAACCGAUCCCCUACCGCAACCUGCUGCCCGCCAAAGAGCCCAUCCAAAAGGCCCUCAGCAGCCAGUUCCAGGCAGUGCUGCGCAAAGGCUGGGUAGACAGUCGAGCUCUGCAUCUAUUUGAGAGUCUUCUCAGUAUGGGAGGGGUCUUCUGGUUCACUAACAAUUUGGUCAAGGAGCUACUGAAGGAAACACGACAGGAGUGGGCCAAUCGAGCGGUUGAAUUACUCUACAGCAUCUUCUGUUUGGACACACAGCAGAUCACCCUGACACUGCUGGGUACCAUAUUGCCCAACCUGCUCACAGACUCCGCCCACUGGCGCUGCUUAUCAGACCCUCCUGGAAAGGCUUUGGCUAAAUUGUCAGUGUGGUGUGCUCUCAGCUCGUACUCCUCCCACCACAAAGGCCUGUUCUCAGCUCGCCAGCGAAAAAGGCAGAGAGAAGAUAUUGAGGACUACAACAGCCUCUUUCCGUUGGACGACACUCAACCAUCCAAACUAAUGAGGCUGCUGAGCUCCAAUGAGGAUGAGCCUGUAGCUCUUUCUAGUCCAGGAGACCGAUCGAUGAGCAGUUCGCUGUCUGCCUCCCAGCUCCACACUGUCAACAUGAGGGACCCUCUCAACAGAGUCCUGGCCAAUCUUUUCCUGUUAAUUUCCUCCAUCUUGGGCUCGAAGAUGGCCGGCCCUCACACCCAGUUUGUGCAGAGUUUUAUGGAAGAAUGUGUCGAAUGUCUGGAGCAGGGAAGCCGUGGGAGCAUCCUGCAAUUCAUGCCUUUCACAAUGGUUUCAGAGUUGGUGAAGCUGCCCGCUUUGGCCAAACCUAAAGUUGUCUUGGCUAUCACUGACUUGACGCUGCCACUGGGGAGGAGAGUUGCUGCAAAAGCCAUCUCUGCUCUGUAAACCCUGGAUUCCAGAUUACUUCAGUCCAAACACAUUUGAUGAAUUUAUCCUGUUUGUGAGUGAAGUACAACAAAUGGGUAAUAGGUUUUGAAGCUGGAACCUUUUUUAAUGUACUUAUUCUGAUAAAAAUUGUAAAUGCAUUCUGUCUUUUGCUUUUCAUACUUUAAGAAUUGUGUAAAUAAGUUUUGGAAUUAAAAGAGAAAAUGUA